AUGAUACCAACCGAGCAAUACAUUUACCUCAACACGUUGGCACCCAAUUCCGAUAAUAUCCCACAGCAUGCAGUUUUUGUCGCUAUCCGCCAUGCCUGUAGCUUGUAUCACUCUCACUAUCCCACCCUCGAACGGCUAUUUCGCCAUAUGGAGGCACAUUUUAGGGUAGAAACUCAAGACGGACAUGAUGAUGAAAUCGAUGAACUUGAUCUUACGUUUCAGUUUUCUGACGACCACCCUUAUAAUGGAAUGAUCAAUGAAGAGGGCUUUCAUGCUGAUAAUGAGGAUGAAAACAGUCUUCAGCAGGAUACUGGACAUCCAACCUCUGGCGUAGACAGUCAAAAUAGCGUUGAUGAUGAUCGUAACGAAGAGAGUGCAGUCAACGACCAGCAAGAACUGAAUUCACAAGACAUGGGCGGUGAAGAAAAAGUCUCUAUCAACAAUCUUAUUCUCAACAGUGACGAUAGAGACAUCAUCUUGGGCCUUUUUAUCGAUGCAUGA